AUGUUCGACUGUUCAAAUGACGAGACAAUAUCAGUUCAGGCUAAUUCCGUGGAUAUAGCUAAAUAUUUACAAAAUCAUGGAAUUCCUGAUCAGGUGGUUGAUAUUUUCACAAAAAACACUAUCGAUGGAUUAUCAUUGUGCCUUUUAACUGAGAAGGACUUACAAGAAAUGAAUAUCAGUCAGAUUGGCAUACGAAAACGAAUAUUAUUUCUUUGCUCACUUUGGCGUCAUCAAGUUGAAAAACAACGUUACGGAGGAUAUGCUUUGCCAAGAAUAUUUAGUCAAAAUUCUUUAGUUGACUUUCUAUGUUUUAAUGACAACAGAUUGUCAAGUGAAUUACAAGUAUACUGUGCAGUGGAAAGUUCAUUACUAAAUGAUUCUGAGUAUGGAAUAGAUGAAGAUAAUUCGAAUUCCUGGAAAUUAUUCAUUAGCUUUUUGUAUUUCAUUUUCUCAACAUGUGUCACAGCAUUUGUUAUAGUUCUAGCACAUGAACGCUUACCUGUUACAUCUAAAUAUCCUCCACUUCCUGACUUAUUCCUGGAUAAUUUACCUCAUAUCGGCUGGGGAUUCAUUGCUGCAGAACUGGUCGGUAUUGUACUAUUCGUGAUAUGGUCAAUCAUCCUCAUCUUACACAAAUAUCGAUGGAUACUAAUCCGUCGAUUCUUCGUACUUAUGGGAACAAUAUUCUUACUUAGGUCAGUCACUAUGAUAAUAACUUCACUGAGUGUUCCUGGAUCUCAUUUGACAGAUCAAUGCAGUCCCUAUGUUGUUAAAAAUCAUACACAACGCUUCAAGCGUGUAUUAGAAAUAUGGAAAGGUCUUGGAUUAUAUAUCACUGGUAUACAAACAUGUGGAGAUUAUCUUUUUAGUGGGCAUACAACCUGUUUAACUCUUCUCAACUUCUUCAUUACUGAAUACACACCUAGAAAACUUCAUCUUCUGCAUACUUUCUCCUGGGUACUAAAUCUUUUCGGUGUAUUUUUUAUUCUUGCCUGUCAUGAACACUAUUCUAUUGAUGUUUUCAUUGCUAUAUAUCUAUCAUCAAGAUUAUUUUUAUAUUAUCAUUGUCUUGCUAACAGUAAUAUUCUUCAUCAACCAGGCAAUGAGCGUACUAAAAUAUGGUUUCCAUUAUUUUCAUUUUUUGAAAACAAUGUUACAACAGUUGUACCAAAUGUCUAUGAAAUUCCAUUUAGAAAUAAUUACUUCAGCAAAUGUAAUCACAGUAAUACUAACAGCAUUCAUACUACUACUACUACCAAUAAUAAUAAUAUCAAUCAUAUGAGCACUGACAGCAGUGUUAAUAGUGAUAACUGUAAUAAUUUUAACAGAAAGCAAAUGAUGAAUGAUAGCAGAAAGUCAAAUCACAGUCUACUCCGUAAUCAUCAUAGUGAAUAUUCACUACAUAAUCAUAUAUCCCAAACAUCAGUUAACGCCUAUACCUCAAAAUAUGACGACAGUUUGAAUAAAAAGGACUAUUAA